AUGUCCUUCAUUGCCCUGACCCUCCUCACUGCUGCUUCUCUCGUAUCGACGUGCUCUGCAGAGACAGUCCUCACUUGGCCUUCCCCGCUCUAUGACUCGCUGGAGCACCUCUUGGUUGAUACGAGCGGCGCCAACGACGCAGGAUUCAAAGCUGCUAUAACUCCCUGUACGAACUAUGUCAGUGGCAGCCAGUUAUUGGGAAGAGAGACUGCUGCUCAAUGGAUAAGGGUGGCAUUUCAUGAUUUCGCGACGGCAGAUGUGGAGAAGGGGACCGGUGGGAUCGAUGCCUCCAUUGGCUUCGAAACUUUGCGUCCGGAGAAUAGCGGCUCUGCUAUGAACGACUCCCUUGCCUUCUUUGCACCUUAUGUGAAUGCGCAUACAUCGAUGUCAGACCUCAUAGCUCUCAGUGUCGUGAUGGCAGUCGGUGCCUGCAGCGGUCCCCAAAUCCCACUUCGAGGCGGGCGCAUCGAUGCUACAGAGGGUGGUGAAUUCGGAGUCCCCGAGCCAGAGUCGAGCAUCGAGGACACUCUGAGUCGUCUUCAACUGGCCGGGUUUGAUCAAAGUGACUCUAUUGCGUUGACCGCGUGUGGGCAUACGAUGGGUUCGGUCCAUAAUGGCGGUUUUCCGCAAGUCGUUCCUCCGAGCGCGAUAACACCGAACAAUACUGGAGGUGGUGUCCAUUUUGACGCCACACCUGCAGCUUUUGAUAUAAACGUAGUCAAUGAGUAUCUUACCUGGACAGGCCAGCGAGGUGGACCUCUCGUUACCACAGACAACGUAACAGUCCGCUCCGACCUACGCCUCUACACAUCAGACAACAACGCCACCAUGAAAACCCUAUCACAGUCCUCAGGAUAUUUCCGGAAUGCCUGCACCGACGUGUUCGAACGGAUGAUCAAUACCGUUCCGGCCGAAGUCAACCUGAGCGAAGUGAUAUCGCCAUUAUCUAUCAAACCUGUGAAUGUUACGGUGGAAGUGCUGUGGAACGGGACGAUGUCGAUAUCCGGAUUCAUCCGCCUUUUGAUCACAGAUAGCAGUGAACCACUCAACACCAUCACCAUAUCUUUCGCUUCACGAAACACGAGUGGAACCGGCGUCCAUCCGAUCGAAGCGGCUUACAGUGGCCCACAAGACAUAGGAUCCAGCAUUUUUGGGACGACAUACUACUAUUCGUUUAACACCUAUUUUGACUCGUUCACUGGAAUUUCCACCUUCGGCACAAGUGCCAACUCGGUCACCGCACAGUACGCUGUGGACGACACCGUGCUUUGGCUCCCUCACUUCUCGUCCUUGGGCACCGAGGUUGACUCCAUUGGGAAGGUGGCCGUAAAUAUCACCGCUGCAGUAUUGACUUCAUGGGCCGCGGACAGCGUCGAAGCGAUCUUCUCAGCUCCGACUCCUCAACCGGGCACACUUUCUCCGCGUAUCGAAACAUCAUACCUCCCCCUGCAACUUAUAGGAACGGCUGGAGAGUACAGUGUGUACUCUGGUUUGACGCAGUUAGAUUCGUCUACCUCCAACAGGACAACGGUUGACAUUGUGGCAAAGGGGAAGCAGGGGACUGUUGUCAACGAGUUCAGAAAAUUAGCUGGUCUUUCAUGA